UCAACUCAAAGCAAUAUAUUAUGGCAAUAUAGUCUGCGCAGCCUCCCCGUAAUCAUCCAGCCCCUCUCCUUCUCCCUUUGUAGCAGCGACCCGGGGAAGAUUUGAAAGGGAGUUGAGUCCCGAAGCCCCUCCUCAUCGAUUGUGCCCAGCGACGGUGCUUUAAUUUCAUUGUUUGAGGCGAGCGACGCCCCGCACAGACCGGCGAGGAUCAAACACGUCGCGCGGCCAGUUCGCUUUUCUCAUGGAAAUCGUAGCCUACCUCCCAGUUGCACGUGGAGUUUUACACAUGCUAAGGAAAUAAACAUAUAGACUACGCGCUGUUGCGCCGAAACUCAUCAGAAGGGAGUAUGUUCGACAACCCGGUCGUGUUCUGUGGGUUUGCACGUUUCGUCUUCCUUGGAGGCUAGAAAUAUAGUUAGAGAGGCAAAGAAAGUGGCGGCAGCGCAAGAAGUGCACCGAUUGUGCUUUGCUCCGUGUGGUUUCUCUCCAUGCGUGAUGUGUCCGUGGCGCGAAUGAAGCGGGUGCCUUUUUUGCCAAAUGCACGCAGAAUGAGUGACUUAUUUCCCAUCUUCACGUCGGGUUAGUAGACUUUUUAUCAUACCGAGCCUUCGUGGUGUUCGUUGAUUUGCAAGAUUUGUGCAGAAGCGGAUUCACUGCGCCUCUAGGGCAGUUUUUCAAAAAUGCUUCCAUGGAUGGUCAUCUGCGCGUUACUCUGUGUAUACCAUGCCGGGGCAGCCUGCCCAGCCGGCUGUGAGUGUUCCGAGGCUGCCCUAACGGUGAAGUGCGUUUCGAAAGACCUCCAGCAUAUUCCGAGUGGUAUCCCAGGCUACACCAGGAAUUUGUUUAUCACCGGGAACCAGAUCAACCGUAUCGGAACCGAAUCCUUUAAAGGACUGGUCAAUGUGACAACUUUGUCACUGAGCAACAACAGGAUUUCUCAGAUUGAAUCGAACACAUUCGCUGAUCUGCGCAGCCUCCGCUCCCUGGACCUGAGUGGCAACCAGCUGGCCAUCAUUCACCCGGAGGCGUUCUCUGCUCCAAGCCGCACACUGCGAGACCUCAACCUCAGUCGCUCGCUCUACAAUCACACGGCCGUCAAGGACCUGGCCGCCUCUCUCCGCUUGAGCGCGCUGUCCAGUCUCCAAGGCCUGGACCUGAGUGGCAACGGCCUCAUCUACCUGCCUGACUACAUUUUCUCUCACCUGGGCAGCCUACGUCGGCUGCAGUUGGCCAACAACUCCUUGGUGGCCCUCCACAAUGGCACCUUCGCCUCGCUGGAGCGUCUCGAGGAGCUGGACCUCACCCUCAACGCCUUCCGCACCUUCCGCGAGGAGGCCCUGCGCGAGUUUGACCGGCUCCCUUGGGCGCGACUCCACCUGGGACUUAACCCGUACACGUGCACGUGCGGCAUCGAGCCGUUCGCCGCCUGGCUGAACGAGUCGCGGGCACGCGUGGCGGACGCCGAGCGCCUGGUGUGCGCCUUCCCCGCCGCCAUGCGCAACACCUCCAUCCUCGGCGUGUCCGACGUGCCCCUGGGGUGCCACCGGGCGGGCCAGGGCCCCGACCUGGCGCUGCAGACGUCCUACGUCUUCCUGGGCAUCGUGCUGGGCUUCGUCGGCCUCAUGUUCCUCUUCGUGCUCUACCUGAACCGCAAGGGCAUCAAGAAGCGCAUCUACGACAUGCGCGACGCCUGCCGGGAGGUGUGGGAGGGCUACCACUACCGCUACGAGAUCGACUCCGACCCGCGACUCUCACACGUCUCCUCGAGCGCGGACGUGUGACGCACAAACAAUCUCCCACUGAGCGUAUGUGGACAUGUGGCCGGUGUUGAUGUUUGUUUGUUUGUUUGUUUGUUUGUUUUUUUUUAUUGCAUUUUUACCUAGUUGGAGAUCAGUGGAAACUAUGUGCCAUAUGUUGUGUAUAUAUAGAUCUAUAUUAUUACGAUGAUCAAUAGAAUAUUUCCACGGAAGCAUGCACUGCCUGAUCUCUUGUCAGUGUUACUUAAUCCAAUGUCAUGCCCUGGUGCCCCUACAUGCAGACGUGCACCCACUCACCCACCCGCACGGCACAUAAACACACAACAGCAGUUAGGUUAAAAGAAAUCCGCCACGUUGUGUCUGGCUAGAGUAGCCCAUUUGUUUUCAUUGUCAAGUGGGCUGGAUCGUUGUGCUCAUGCUCGGUGAUACAGCUGAUAAGUGCCUUGUACCUGUGAUUGGUCGGGAAGGAGGGGAAAAAACCCAAGUUGAAGGACUAAGGCCAUAGGUUGCUUCUUCACUGAUGCGCACCGUAUCACGACAUCAAGAUAAUGGAGAAAGGGGCGUGGUGAUCCUAAGAUGUGGGUGUCGCCAGGACGUUGCCUAUGAAAACCCACUCUCUCUUUUUUCUUUCUUUCUUUUCUCUUCUUCAAAGCACAUCUGUUGGCUAUAAGCACCAGGACAAUCCCCUUGGACUUGUGUCGCCCCUACCCCAGGGAACCUGGAAAGAAUCCGAGCAGCUUAUUCAUAGCAUUCCAACACCAGGAUAACGUCUCCUAAGAUGUCCGAGAGCCUUUGCACCGC